AUGCGGGUGUUAACCAUACUCGCUGCUGCCGCCAUCGCCAGCAUCAAAGCUGCUUCGAUCGACCAUGACAAAGUGCAGCCAUUCGCACAACCCGAACCGAUCACGGACGCCGAGAAAGCUGCCGUCAAGUUCAAGCCGUCACUCGCAGUAAAGGCUGGAUGUCACCCGUACCCUGCCGUGAAUGCCGCCGGCGACACGAGUGCCGGCUUGAAAGGAACGGGGGCUCCUGACGGUGAAUGUGAAGGCUCUCCCUUAGGGUCGCAGGUGUACAGUCGAUCAAAGUGGUACGAGGAUAAGUGGGCCAUCAUGUAUGCUUGGUAUUUCCCUAAAGACAUGCAGAAUAUUGGCCUGAUCAAGAAAGGUGUUCGUCACGAUUGGGUGAACUUGGUUGUGUGGCUCGACAAUCCAGCUCUAGCUGAGCCAACAAUUCUAGCAACCUCGGCGUCGACUUACGGUACUGGAUACGAGAUCAGUAAACCACCCAAGCGAUCAGACAUCAUCAAUGGCACCACUCCCAAGGUGCGCUAUGAUGAGGACAACAGGGAAGGGUGGCACACCAUUUUCCAAUUUCACGAGGAAGGCGAAUACCAGGAUCUCAUCCAGUGGAACCAACUGACUAACGCGACUCGCAAGGCCUUGGAAAACACCGACUUCGGCGAUUUUGCCAACGUGCCUUUCAAUGACGCGUACUUUGAAACCAACCUCAAGGCCGCGUCGACGUAUUACGUGUACCGACGCCGUCGAUACGGCGGUACAACAAGUUACUCGAUUUGGGGAUAG